AUGGGCAAUGUCGCAAGCAAGCAGGACGACACUUCUCCUUUGGUCCUGACAGAUCAGUCGCGAUUCUCCAUCUCCUCCAUCAACGUUGCCGACAGUCGAGGCAGCACCGUCCUGAGACUCACACCCAAUGCAUUCCCAGCGACGAGGUACAUCAUACAACGCGAUGCCUUUGACGAUACGCCCGUCGAAUAUGUACAGGACCCAGAAAGCAUAGCCAACGGGCUCCCUCCCUCCUUCCUCAUACGACUAUCGAACAGCGAUGAUCUCAACUUCCACUUCACCUUCACACUCCGACGGCAGAACCAGCCUGCCAGUCUUACAACCAACGCGAACGGAGCAACCGCGAUAACGACGAUGGCCGAUACCAACAUCUCUGGCUUGACCUAUGUCUUCGCAUCCACAGCGAGGGAGGUCGACAACCUGGUGACUCGCGAAUUCCACUCCGACCCGAACUUGCACAAGAAUCCCAAUGUACAGCUUGUGGGAGACUAUGCGACAGCCGGCAAUGCAACAGCGCAGUUUAGUUGGAUGUGGAAAUGGCGGCCGCCGAAGCCAUCGGAGGAUCGAGGAGGUGGUUGGCGGACGAGCUGCAGUUUUGCAGAGUACAAUCAGCGCGCGCAUAGACUGGAUACACUGGCGAGUUUCAGCUUCUGGGUGCAGAAUACACAGAGGAACAUCAGCUCGAUACCGAAGUCGCCUAGGCUCGACAGACUCGAGGUCAAUGUGCCGCCGAGGCUGAGAGUCCCGUCGACGCAAUCGAUCGAGUCGAGAGUGAGCAACAUCAGCGAUUCGGAAGGUGAAGGCAGCUACAAGGACUACAAGGAACCACAGUCACCUCUAUUCGAGCCAAUACCGGAGAAUGGAAUGGGUCUUGUGCCUUCCAUGACCCAGCAGUCGAUGGCAGGACCUGUCAAGGUGGACAUCGCGACAUGUAGGCCUGGCGAGGAUCCGUCGCUAAACGAAGACGGACCGCUCUUCCGAGCGACGAUGAAGUCGUUGGAACAGAAGACAGGGCACAUGAGGAUCCGCAUGAAGAGAGUGCUCAAGACAGCCGAGGCAGCCCAGACACAACAGCAUGCGUGCAAUCAAGCCAUGUCAGACUUUACACAAGCUCUCAAGGAAGCUUCGAGCUCGAAUGCGAAUGCUGUGCAGCCUGCUCUGGAGCACUAUUUCGAUAAGAUUGCUAAAGAAAUUCUGCAAUACGAGAAACAGAACACGGCGAACCUACAGAAACUCAUCAUCGAUCCGAUCAGCAGACUCUACAACCUCGAGAUCAAACAGGCAGAUGUCAAAAGACGAGAGUUCGACGAGGAGAGCAAGGAAUACUAUGCAUACGUCGGCAAAUACCUUGGACAGCGGACAGAGUCGAUGAAGGAGAAGAAGCAAAAGUCGAGCGAUGAGAAGUACCAAGCCAAGCGACGGACGUUCGAGCUUAAACGUUUCGACUAUUCAAGCUUUAUGCACGAUCUGCAUGGUGGCCGGAAGGAUCAAGAAGUGCUGUCGCAACUCACCAAGUAUGCUGAGGCUCAAACGAAGAGCUACCUUGCCACAGCCAAGAAAGUAGAAGAGAUGGUGCCGCAACUCGAUGCUCUGGUGUCCGAAGUGAAGAAUGCCGAUCAGGACUUUCAGAUGCAGCGCAAAGAUCGGGAAGAGAAGCGACGCAUGCUGGAAACCAGCACAAAGCUCGUCAGCGAGGACGGUGCCGUUGUGCCACCUGGUUUGUCGUAUUCUUCAUCGGUUAGGGACUCCCUUCGGCCAUCAGAAAUUGACUCAGGCGCCCGAGCUGUUAGCAUCACCGGCGCUCCACAGUACUCGACAUCGCCACCAACGAUGGCGCCGCCAGUACAAGCCCCAUCCAAUGGCAUGCUCAGCACUCCAGCGCAUGACGCUUCGGCUUUGUCGAGUAGUCCGGCCAAUGACAAGUUCAAGGGCAUACGAGACUUGCAGGACAAUAGUGCCGCCAAUCUAGCUGGUGGCGCGACUCGCAAAGAAGGUCUGCUGUGGGCUCUGAGCCGACCUAGCAGUCACGUUGAUCCGAAAGGCAUUACAAAGCCUGGGUGGCACAAGUUCUGGAUUGUCCUCGACCAGGGCAAACUCUCAGAGUACGUCAAUUGGAAAGACAAGCUGGAUCUGCAUAUGGACCCUAUCGAUCUUCGCGUUGCAUCUGUGAGAGAAGCGCGAGACUCUGAGCGGAGAUUCUGUUUCGAUGUGAUUACGCCGCAGAUGAAAAGAAUCUACCAAGCGCCUUCCGAGGAAGACAUGCGAUCAUGGAUCGCAGCGAUCAACAAUGCACUCGCGGGCGCGUUCGAGACUAAGGAUCAACAACUACCCAGCCCGACAUCAGCGCAGGGCGGUUCGCACCGUAAAGACAUUGCAGCCGUUCUGACGGGCAAGAGUAUGUCGUUCUCGGGUCAUCGCCAGACCUCGAAUCCUAAUAGGGGCGAGGCCGCCAAGGCAGUGAACCGAUACAGUAGCACUGGUGACAAGCCUGCUUACAAGCGGAUCGAAAGCACGGAUGCCGAAUCGUCAGCGCUGUUGCAACGCAUUCGCAACGCUGACGAGGGUAACAAGAUUUGUGCUGACUGCGGCUCCGAGAACAAAGUCGACUGGUGUUCCAUCAAUCUCGGCAUACUUCUCUGUAUCGAGUGCGGUGGCAUUCACCGAUCGCUCGGCACUCACAUCUCGAAGGUCAGAUCACUAACGCUAGACACGUCUGCUUUCACGCCCGAUAUCAUCGAAGUUUUGCUACUGGUCGGCAACCGUGUCAGCAAUAUGAUCUGGGAAGCCAAGCUCGACCGCUUUUUGAAGCCUUCGCCACAUUCGACCAGAGAGCAAAGAUUGCACUUCAUCACUGCGAAGUACAGCGAACGAACUUAUGUACAGGACCAGGCUGGCACUCUGUCACCUGAUGACUUUCUUCUUACUAGCAUCAAGAAGAACGACAUUCAGAACGUGCUACAUGCAUUGGCGCAACGAGCGAACCCCAACGUACAUGACCGGUCACGAUCAACACAUGCCGUCUUCCUGGCGCUGGUCGCUGCGGAUCCGGCAUCGCCCGGCAGCUUUGGACAUUCUUCAGGACCGUCAGCAUCAAGCAUUCGGGUUCCGUCUGGACAACUAUCUGCGACAACACCGCCAAGGCCGUCUACUCCCCUGCCACGAAAGCCCUUUCCAGUGGCUGAGAUGCUUCUACAAAAUGGCGCUGACGUGCCAGAACCCGCAUCCUCUCCCUUUCCACUUUCUGAUGGAGCCAAGAUGUACCUCGAGCUCAAAAACGACCUCAAGAACGGCAUCAGCCGUUCAAGUGCAGGCAAAGACUCCAAUGGCGACACCCUUACAGCACUUCCAUCGACCGGCUUCGGCUUUGGCAACGGCCCAUCGCCCGCCAUGAAAGAACGCGAACGACUCUUGAAGCGCAACAGCGCCGGACCAGCCUCCCGACCCAGAUCCCGCCCGAGUCUAGGAAGCGACGCAAUCGAGAACAUGAAGAAGUAG